AUGGCGACGUCCGAGCAGAUCAAGGUGACGCAGGACUUGCUCGCCAGGGCACACUCUCCAGACAGCGCCAAGCGCAUCUACAGCGACAAGAUCCAGUAUCGCACCCUGCAGCUCAAGCCGACAUCUCCCCCUCCUGCGGCUCUCAAUGCCAGGGCCGCGCGUCACAGAGCUCGCCAGCAGGACAAGUUGCGCGGGAAGCAGAGGCCGAAGCCGCUAUCUGCCCGCGAGCGCCGCCAACUGGGCCUCUACGACAUUCCGAAAAGCGGGCAAAGAUAUGAGACCUACGAGGGGCUGAACAAGCUUUGGAUGGGCUACGCCACGGAGAUCUUAGGCAACGACGUGUACACCGGCGGGCCAUUGGCUGCGGCGAAGCUGGCAAGCGCCGAGUUUCACGGAGCAGAAGCCGAAGUGGUCAGGAGUCGGUGUCCUGGACGAGUGGGCACCAAGGGCAUCAUUGUGAGGGACCGCAAGUUCGUCGUGGAGCUCAUCACAAGAAAGAGGGGGCUCAAAGUUAUUCCCAAAGAGGGCACUGUCUUCCGUGUGGAAGUUGCUGCUCCCCAACAGAACAACGAUGCCCCGGAGAGAUUCGCUUUCGAAGUCCAUGGAGACCAGAUGAUGCUCCGAUCUGCCGACCGCGCCAACAGGAAAUUUAAGUCACACUUUCUCAAGAAUGUUUAG